AUGAGAAUACAUGGAAAGGUAUGGACAUACCACACCGGCCAUGAUGAUGAUGCCGAGAUUUGGGAAGUCACGGUUUUGCUGGUGUUGAUAUCAUUGGGAGGCAGAAGUACGACCGUUAACCUGAUGUCGACUCCGACCUCUUCAAAUGCUGGGCCGAUUGAACAACCUCAACCUAACAUGAGACCUAUUGGGGCUCGCAAGACCCCUACUCCAGCCAGCAAAACAGCUCCGAAGAAGUUUUCAGUCAACGCGAGCCAAGAACCCCAACAAGCAAAACGGGCACCUUCCUUAGCGCCCCUGGAAAUAUUUCCAACACCCUCCACUUCAGCAACUGUCCUCUCCCCCAAGGAGAAAGACUGUGAAGAAAGUGAAGAAGGCGAAGUAUCUGAUGACGAGAACGACGACCAUUUCAGUAACACGUACCCGCCAGGCAACAAAAACAAUUAG